AGUGCGCUUUUUUUUCUCUCAGCAAGUCUGAACCAGUCAGCCCGGUGCCUCCGCCCCCGGCUCACACCCUCCCGCCUCUCCGGAGGAAGAUCCAGCGCGCUCCGAGGCAGCGCUGGCUCCCGCCCUGCCCGGGAUGGGGUCCCCGCACUGGAAGCGGCUCUGCCUCCUGCUGCUGGCCGGGUUAACAUCCUCCCUGCUGCUCUACGGGCACUACUACGCGACGGUGGAGUCGCCCACGGGCCGGAGGAUCAUAGCCAGCCUGCUGCAGCCGGAGCCGCUGGUCCUGGCUCCGCCGGGGACAUCGCACCAGGUCAGCAGCCGCAGAUGGAUCCUGGAAGGCGGCUCAGAGAGUGAGUCCUUCAAGCCUUCUGCUGAGCUGGAGGAGCCCAAGCCCAGCAGAGAGAAGCCCAGCACGUGCCUCCGCUCAGUGAUGGCCAGAGCAAAGGCCGACCCCAAGUUUGGGGAGGUCUUCCGCUUCGACAUCCCCGUGCUGAUGUGGGACCAGCACUUCACACCAGAGACCUGGGAGAGGCUGAAGACACGACAUGUCCCCUACGGCUGGCAGGGCUUGUCCCACACAGCGGUGGGCAGCACCCUCCGGCUCCUCAACGCCUCCGCCAACCGGCACCUCUUCGACAGGGACACCUUCCCCAGAGGCUGUGUCCGCUGCGCCGUGGUGGGCAAUGGUGGCAUCCUCAACGGCUCACGGCAGGGCAAGGCCAUUGAUGCCCACGACCUGGUCUUCAGGAUCAAUGGUGCCGUGAUCAAGGGCUUUGAGGAGGACGUCGGGACCAAGAUCUCCUUCUAUGGCUUCACGGUGAACACCAUGAAGAACUCCCUCAUCGCCUAUGCGGAGUAUGGCUUCACAGAGGUGCCCCAGGGCAAGGACCUGAGGUACAUCUUCAUCCCCUCGGAUAUCCGUGACUACGUGAUGCUGAGGUCGGCCAUUCAGGGCAGCCCCGUCCCCGAGGGCUCGGACAAGGGGGACGAGCCACAGAAGUAUUUUGGACCAGAGGCAUCUGCAGAGAAGUUCAAACUGCUGCAUCCUGAUUUCCUGCAGUACCUGACAGCGAGGUUCCUGCGCUCAGAGCUGCUGAACACACAGUACAGGUCACUCUACAUGCCCAGCACUGGCGCCCUCAUGCUCCUCACUGCGCUCCACACCUGCGACCAGGUCAGUGCCUACGGGUUCAUCACCACCAACUACAAGCAGUUCUCAGACCAUUACUAUGAGGCAGAGAAGAAACCGCUGGUGUUCUACGCCAACCAUGACAUGAUGCUGGAGGCAGCGCUGUGGAGAAGCCUGCACCAAGCAGGGAUCAUCACCCUCUACCAGCGGUGAGGCUGGGUGGUGGCCCACGGGACAAGUCCAAGGACUCCCGUGGCUUUUGUCUUUCCUGAAGGCCACCUCCUCCCUCCCAAGGGCUCUCCCCAGCUCUCUGGCCAGCCCAAGGUGCAGACCAGUCGCACUGUAGCUAGUGGUGGUGGUGAGUGGCGAGCUGAAGCUGAUGCAGGGAAAUGCUGCAUUUCCUUGAGGAGCUCUGGCAACUUGUUUCACAGUUCAACGUGAUUGAAUGUCGCCUUUGGGGUACACUGUGGCUGUGACCUCCUAGUCCCACGGACAUGGCUGGGAAGUGCAGGGUGAUGCUGCAAGGGAUGCUGGAGAUGGUGUGGCUGGAGGAUGUCCUUCACCUCACUGUCGCACUCCAGCUCAGAUGCUCGUCACUGUGGUGGGACCACGACAGGCAGGAUGGAUCCUUGGACUGGCGGGAAUGGAGACAAGAUCAUCCAGCUAAUGGGAGGUGGUGUGGUUGGAGAACACCUCCCUCCCGGAUUGCAGAAAUCUUUUACUCCAGCCAGCUCUGUGGUGACACGUGCCACUCUCCAGAAGGAUCUUUUUGCCUCUGUGAUCAGUGGGAAUGACAGUAGCUCGGCUGUGCUUUCCUGUGACAGACGCACAGCACACCCUGUUGUUGUUCCCUUCUCUAGGUCAUGGUUCUUUCAAACAGGGGUCUUAAAAGCCAUCAGCCAAGAGCAGGGUGACAGCAGGGGACACCAGGAGCGCGGCUGGCCGUGGAGCAGCCCGGAGCUGGUCUCAGGCCAAGUGUGGGUAGUUGUGGGUUUGUCAGGUUUUUCUUGCUCAGGGAACCACAUGGUGUGCUGUAAGUGCUCUGAGAACAGUCCCACGCCAGGCAGGUUAGGGAACCUACAAGUUCGUUGGGCGAGUCUAAGUGAUGGUCGCUAUUUUUUUUUCUUCCCCCCUAAAAAUAACCUGAAGGAGGUGCUGAAGGUCUGGAACCCUUCAGUCAUCCCACACUGAGGAAGACCCGUGGGGAGGCUGCUCCAGCAGCCAGAGGGUUGGUUGGGCACGGCAGUGUAAUCGGAGACACUUUCCCACUUUGUGUAAUUACAUACAUGUUGAAUGAU